AUGCAGUUCUCUACAAUCGCCACUCUUUCUGCCUUGUUCUUCACCGCCGCCGCUGGCGUCCAGGCCGCUCCUUCCGCACACGCCGCUAGCCAUCACAACGUUGCUGCCCGUUCGCCGGGUUCGUUGCACCACAAAUUGUCUGCUCGUGAUGCAUCAAGCCCGCUCGCUCAGGCUGCUCACAACGUCGCCAAGAAACGCGCAAAACGCACGCAGAAGAAAUGCCGUCUACGCCCCACUUCGUCUCUCUCCGCCACCGCCGCCCCAACUUCGACAAGCGGUUCUUCCUCGGGUUCUGUUUCUGGCACUGUUUCAUCGACUUCCAAUGUGACGUCGACAAACGCUGGCAGCAGCGCCCAGCCUUCGUCUACUCCGUCGACCCAAACCUUUAACACGCCCUGGUCUCUCGAGGUCAAGAACCAAGGCAGGACCUUUUUCGAUGGUUGGACAUUUUGGAAUGCCCCUGAUCCGACUCAUGGAACCGUCAACUAUGUCGAUGCUGGUACUGCUUGGAACACUGGGCUCAUCAGUGUUACCGACACGCAGGCAAUUAUGCGUGUCAGCACUGAGCAAUACCAGCACAUGCGCCAGUCUGUUCGUAUUCACGGCAAGCACGUCUUCAAUAUCAACUCUCUCCUCGUCAUGGAUGCAGAGCACAUGCCAACGGGUUGUGGUACUUGGCCCGCUUGGUGGGCAAAUGGACCCAAUUGGCCUGCAGGUGGUGAGAUUGAUAUCCUCGAAGGCGUUCACGAUUCGGAUACAAACUCGGCGACGCUCCACACCAGCUAUGGCUGUACCGCGGUCAGCGAUGCCAACCAUCCGUCCUCUGGCCAGCUCAUCAAUGCCAACUGCGGCUCCUCUGGCUCCAGCAACACUGGAUGUGGCUUUGCAGAUGUGACCAGCCAAAACACCUACGGCGCUGGCUUCAACUCUGCAAAGGGUGGCGUCUAUGCCAUGCAAUGGGUCGACUCUGGCAUUUCUGUCUGGUUCUUCCCUCGUGGUGCCAUUCCUGCCGAUCUCGCCGCCGAUCAGCCGAUGCCAUGGACCUGGCAGCAUCCAUUUGCUCACUGGAGCGCUUCGGGAUGCUCGCCUCGCGACUUUUUCCGCGACCAGAUUGCCAUCUUUGAUACGACAUUCUGCGGAGACUGGGCCGGUGCCACUUGGGGAUCUUCCGGCUGCGCACAAAAGACUGGAUUUGAAUCUUGCGAGCGAUAUGUCAGAGAAAACGGUUCCGCUUUCUCCGAGGCCUACUGGACGGUCAACUACGUCAAGUACUUCAAGCAAUAG